UUUGUGUGGACCAUAGACUGUAAGGUGUGGACACAGUGGACACGGACUGGACCGUGCGGGACAAUCACCCUCCACUGACAUCAAACAGCAGAUGGAGUUUUUCUUCAGUGGACAUUUUGAGGCCUCUGUAUCAUUGAAGGAGGCUUUGUGUGCAGAAGUGAGGACAAAUGGCUUGUUCAACAGAGUCUGCCCGAGAUCACGUCAGGCUUGUCAGACGCCACCUUGUGAGAGAAUUAAAGAAUCUCGGGGUCUCUGUGAUUGUGGAGAACUUAAAUGAGCAUGGAGUUUUCUGUGAUGAAGAGGUCAGUAACAUAAAGGCAGAAAGGACUGACUAUGACAAAUCAAGAACAAUACUGGACAAAGUCAUUAAGAGGGGGGAAGCAGCCUGCUACAAGCUCCUUCAGGUUAUUGACAUGAUGUGUAGGAGGACCUCUGGAAGGAUAUCUUCUCUCUCUGAGGAAAUGACUGAAGCUGGGACUAAAGAGUUUGACCUGCACUCCUGGAUCAGCAGCUUUCCUUUCAGGGAAGACACAGAAAUGGAUAUAAACUAUUCACAAGGCCUGAGAUCAUGCCACAGAUAUAAAGCAAAGUUAAAGUCAAAAGCACAAGACAGAUCAAAGGAAUUUUGGAUGAGAAACAAAAAUCUGUUUGGAGAAGUCUGCAGGCCUGAUCUGUCAUACAGUUCACUUGUAUUAGACACACAAGGAAGAGUUUCUUCAUCCAAAAUAAAGAAAGGUAAGAGGAAAACGGGCAAAAUGAGUCGCCCCAAAAAGCUCAAGACAUACAUCCCAGAGGACAGACAAGAAAUCUCUCCCAGUGACCUGCUGAAAACAAAUAAAAACAUCCUCCUUGUUGGGAAGCCUGGAAUUGGAAAGACAGCACUGAGUCAUGAAAUUUUAAAACUCUGGGCAGAAAGAGACAGCAGGGAGCUUGAAUACAUGUUUUACUUUGACAUGAGGGGAACAUCUCUCGUCAGAGAUGGGAUGAGCUUGGAGGAACUUCUUUUCAGUGCAUACAGUGAACCAGAUGAAGACAAAGAAGAAGUCUUUCAGGACAUAAAGAAGUAUUCUGACAACGUUACAGUUGUUUUUGAUGGAAUCACAGAUCUCUCUUCUUCAGUGGUGCGUAGAAUUGUAGAGAAGGACCUCCUUCCUAAUGCCAAGGUCAUCAUAACCUGCAGACCAGAUGACGAAGACUUAUUUUCUGGUGACUUUGACAGAGUGGAAGUGAAAGGCUUCAGUGAGCAGACCGUUAAAAAAUACUUCUCUGCGAUGCUUGGCAUGGAACAGAAGAAGGUUUUCAGCAACCUGGAGUUGUUAACUCUUUGCCAUGUCCCGAUGUAUGCACUGAUGGUGGCAGUCUGUUUUUUAUAUGAGACACCAGAAGACUCACCACAGCCAUGCAGUAUGACUGAAAUAUACAUCAACAUUGUUCGUUUUUGUCUUCAAACAAGCAGCAACAACAAACAUAAAAAUCUCAAUACCUUAAUCAAGGAGAAGAGUGCAGAUCUACUGACGUUGGCGGAGGCUGCUUUUCAUGCAACUGAAGAAAAAACUGUGAGCUUGACCGACCUGCACUGUGAAGACAGCUGUGUCCUUUCCUUCCUGAAAUCACUUGUUAUCAAAGUGGCUCCCAUUGAGACAAUAACAACGUACGCUUUUCUCCAUUACACAAUGCAGGAGUUUUUUGCAGCAAUGUGGCUCUUGAAGAAUCCAGAUAAGAUUAAGGAGGUUUUUCAGCAAUGCCUCACGGAGGAGAGGAAGCACAUGAAACAUAUGAUCCCUUUCAUGUGUAGAUUGUUGACUAUGAAGAGCCCAAGUUUGAUGGAGCAUCUGAUUCCAGCUCAGGAGUUAAAAAAGACAUCUAACUGGUUCUUUAAGGAAAUGAUAAGCACACUUUUCUCUGGUCAGUGUAUGGAGGAAGAGGCUCAUAAUGAUGAUACUGGGCUUGAUGUGGGCAUACUGUUCUUAUGCCAAUGCUUGUUUGAGUCGCAGUGUCCUGACGCAUGCACCAGCUUUCUGGAAACACUGGAGUACCAACUUGAUCUCAGCGGUGAGAGUCUUGAUUCCUAUCUUUGCUGUGCUGUGGCCUAUGUGGUCUCUCAGUCAAAGGAGAGGAAAAUACAGCUGAACCUUGAAGAUGUUUCUGUAUCAGCACAAGGAAUGAGAUGUCUGUAUGGAUGCCUUUUCAAUGUCCAAUGGUGUGACCCUCUGCCUAAACAGCUGUGGGAAAUUGUUCUUCUAAGUGAAGAAAAGUUGAUUGACCUCAGUUUACUCGGCCUUGAUGGAAAUCAGUUACACCUUCCAGUUCGGGGUAAAAAACAGCUGUUUGAAAGAGCAGCGUCUGUCAUACAGAAUAAUCCCAUGAAGAUAAAUGUCUGCCUUCACUGGGACAAUAGAGCAACUACUGCCUGUCAAAGUCUGUGUGGGUCCCUCCUGGAGGCUUUGUCGGACGUCAGGUCACUCAGCUUCAGGAUGACCCACCAAGAUCCAGAACAAGAAGACCAGGAGCCAGACCAUGGGACCCUCGAGAGAAAGAAAAAGAAGCUGUUACUGGAUUUAUGCCUGCAAGCAGCACUUGACAAAGAAGAGAGCUUUCACCAUGUUGUGUCUCAGCUCGUCUCUUUGUUUUCUGUUGACAAACACUUGCAUAACUUUUUUGUUGAUUUGUAUCAACACGUCAAGAGUGAAGGGUGUUUAAGUGUUAUUCCAAAACUGGGUCAACUUUUUGAGUCAGCUGCUGAUGUCUGGUCCAUAAACCUGUCAGAGAUCAACACCUCCAUCCUCCUGGAAGUGCUGAGACUCCGUCCAGAGAAGACUCCAGUGGAGCUGACGGGCUGUCCAGAUGAAGAGAGUGAAGUGAGGAGCUUCCUUCAGUGUCUGCCUCAUAUCUCACAGCUCAGUUUCUCUUACUGGUUUGAAAGAGGAGUCGAGUUGUGUGGACGUCUGUUCUGUGCAGCAGCAGAGAGAGAACAGCAGACAGGAGAGAACACACUGCAGCUGUUAUCAUCACUGUGCACAUAUGAAACAUUUCCUAUUAGUGGCAGAUCCAUUUAUCAUGACGUCAAGGAAUAUCAGUGUUUGUUCCUUCUGGAUCUGUACUCCCACAUGAAGUACUAUGAGACUAAAACAGGCUUGAGAGUUCUUCCAUCAGUACAGGCUUUUUUCCUGUCAGCUCCUGAUGUCUGGUACAUUGACCUCUCAAAGAGAAAGACCUCCAUCCUCCUGGAAGUGCUGAGACUCCGUCCAGAGAAGACUCCAGUGAAGCUGACGGGCUGUCCAGAUGAAGAGAGUGAAGUGAGGAGCUUCCUUCAGUGUCUGCCUCAUAUCUCACAGCUCAGUUUCUCUUACUGGUUUGAAAGAGGAGUCGAGUUGUGUGGACGUCUGUUCUGUGCAGCAGCAGAGAGAGAACAGCAGACAGGAGAGAACACACUGCAGCUGUUAUCAUCACUGUGCACAUAUAAAACAUUUCCUAUUAGUGGCAGAUCCAUUUAUGAUGACGUCAAGAAAUAUCAGUGUUCGUUCCUUCUGGAUCUGUACUCCCACAUGAAGUACUAUGAGACUAAAACAGGCUUGAGAGUUCUUCCAUCAGUACAGUCAGUUUUCCUGUCAGCUCCUGAUGUCUGGUACAUUGACCUCUCAGAGAGAAAGACCUCCAUCCUCCUGGAAGUGCUGAGACUCCGUCCAGAGAAGACUCCAGUGAAGCUGACGGGCUGUCCAGAUGAAGAGAGUGAAGUGAGGAGCUUCCUUCAGUGUCUGCCUCAUAUCUCACAGCUCAGUUUCUCUUACUGGUUUGAAAGAGGAGUCGAGUUGUGUGGACGUCUGUUCUGUGCAGCAGCAGAGAGAGAACAGCAGACAGGAGAGAACACACUGCAGCUGUUAUCAUCACUGUGCACAUAUAAAACAUUUCCUAUUAGUGGCAGAUCCAUUUAUGAUGACGUCAAGAAAUAUCAGUGUUUGUUCCUUCUGGAUCUGUGCUCCCACAUGAAGUACUAUGAGACUAAAACAGGCUUGAGAGUUCUUCCAUCAGUACAGUCAGUUUUCCUGUCAGCUCCUGAUGUCUGGUACAUUGACCUCUCAAAGAGAAAGACCUCCAUCCUCCUGGAAGUGCUGAGACUCCGUCCAGAGAAGACUCCAGUGAAGCUGACGGGCUGUCCAGAUGAAGAGAGUGAAGUGAGGAGCUUCCUUCAGUGUCUGCCUCAUAUCUCAAAGCUCAGCUGCAGUCAGCCAGAGUUUUUCCAGCUUGUGUGCACAUCGGUUUCUGUCAGAUCCAGAGAUGAGGCUGAGACGUUGGUUGCUCUGCUGCGGCUCCUGGGAUUCACCCUUCAGUUAACAGGAAAGUUACACAGCAAAACCUGCAAGUCUGUGGGACGAGUUCUUGGACUUUGUGGUUCUCGUGUGGAUCUCAUCCUCACACCCAGAAUGAUGUCUGUCAGAGGAGCCUCACUCCUAUUCAGACACACCAAAAAACUACACAGUCUGAGGCUUUCCAACAGCAUCACCUUGCUUCUGUCUGGAUGGGUAAGAAGACAGAGAGUGCCCUGUCUGACUGUUACUGAGCAGCUUUCUCUUGCCUCUCAGUCAGACCGACCUUCAGAGAAAGUGUUGUUGAGGGUUGUGAGUAGUUUGGCAUCUCUGCUGCGAUACUGGACAGUCAGACAGUUGGAUCUAACUGAGUCCUGGAUCCCUGCUCAGUGUCUCUUUUCACUGCUCUCUCAUGAUGGCCCUCUUACAAUCAAGUUGCAUGAGAAAACUUCCCGGCAGCUACUUGACCUCCUCUAUGAAACUCAGGACAAUGACUUGACCUUGGCCUUCUUGAGAAAGGUUAAUGGAGACCUGACCCCCUUCUGUCUGAACUGGGAGCUUCUUCAACAUCUUCUGCAGCAGUCGUCUCAGAUGAUUACUGUGAACAUGAGGAAAAACAGCUUCCUACAAAAGAGCAUCGCACGUCUGCUUCCCUUUCUGGACAGGAUCGUAUUUGUGAGGACUUGUCCCAGCUUUGUGUUGACUUCCCUCAGAGAGAUCUAUACAACUCGUGCCAGUUCAGUUGUACCCAGUUUUCUGAGGUCAUUUGAUCACGUGAUCAACCUGACCUGCCGAGAGAUGGACUCAGAGGACUGUGCUGCUCUGCUCUUCACCCUCAAACACAGUGAUGGAGUGAAACUGAACCUCCUGUGGACCUCCAUACCAACGGUGGGAAUCAAAUCCAUCCUCUGCACACUGGACAAAGUUUCUCAACUCAGUGUUGACAGGAAUCUGCUGCUGAAGUUCAUCCACUGCUGCGCUGCCUCUGAUGACCAGCAGAGGGCAGCAGUCAGUCUGCUCAGGACUCUGCAGCACAGGUUAGAUCUGUCCUGUUCCUCCUGUGUGGAGCUGUCAGAGGAAGGUCAGAGUGAGACUUUCAGACUGACGGUCGCUGACUGCAGCGCCGUCUCCACCAUCCUGAGACGCAGCAGCCAGGACACAGAGCUCCAUCUGCAGGACUGUGAUGUGGAGGACAGUGGACUGGACCUGCUGUUUCCUGUCCUGGACAGAGUCCGCCUCAGGUUUGGGGCUGAGUGGGGACCACAAAAUGAGCAAGACAACAGUUUGAGUUUGUGUUGUUCAUGUCAGUUCACUAACAGCCUGCCCUUCACUCUGAUUCUCCUGUUUAGAUUCAAUAAAGUUGUCCUGCUCCAGCUGGUGUCGCUGGUUCCUUCGAUCAAUGAGCUGGAUUCAAUGAGACGGGCGGGGUCCCUGUGUAAAGCCCUGGGUGGAGAGCUGGACCUCAGUCACACUGUACUGGAUCAGAAGGCCUGUGGAGCUUUGGCCUGGAUGCUGGACUACUCUGAAGGGCUGACAGAGCUGGACCUCAGUCACUGCCAGCUAACCGACCAGCUACUGCUCACAAUCAAGGAACAUCUGCACAAAGUACAAGUCCUCGACCUGAGUCACAAUAAGAUCAGCGAUGCUUCAACAUCCACGUUGCUCGAACUGAUCUCCAACAACCCGUCCAUUGAAACCGUGCGACUCUUCAGGAACAACAUUGUAAACCAAACACCCUUUAAGAAAACCAAGAAGUUUGAGAUCUGGUGAAACGGGAGCGAGUGUGCUGUGAAUGUGCUGCUCAGGGAAGAAACUCUUUAUAAACUCAGAAUAUACUGACGUUUAAAAUAAAGAAGAAGCAGCCGGCAAAGUUCUCUGAUACUUAACGCUGAAGAGCGUUCCUUUACUGUGCUCAUAUCUAAGGUCCAUGUUUAUGGUACCGGACCUUCAUGCUUCAGAUCUUUCUGUUGGAACAUGACAGAAUUAUUUUUAUAUCGGGAUAAAAACAGAAGCCAGAACUGUUUUGUAAAACAUAUCCAUUUGUAUUUAAUCACUUCAAGGACUUCAUGAUAACUUUUUGAACUCGAUGAUGAACAUCUUCUUUUGAAUUUUCUGGAUUUUAAGAGUUUAUUUUUUUGGUAAUGGGAAACGUGUGGUUGUUCCAAAUCAGAUGAAAAUGUUUAAUGUCUCUUAUCAGCAUAAAGUGCAGGUACAAAAACGUUUCUGGUCCAUCAUGAAAUGUACUUUUUUUUUUAUUCUUUAUUUGGACAGCAACAAUAUUACAGAGCAUUGUCACAGAAAAACAAUGAAGUCUCUUUUGCAGUCCUCAGCUUUUUAAAUAUAAACAUAAAGAACUAAAUACAGUGUGGGAGAGAUAAAGUGUGCGUUCAAAAUGAGUUCAAGAAAAAAUAUCAGAAAAAAUACUACAGAGAGAGAAAGAAAAUUGGCAAAUAAAUAAAAGAUUGAGCUAAAUGAUAUGGGGUUUGCUAAGACAUCAGAAGAUCACCUCCACACAAUCUGUCUGCAAUGGUUUCACAUAUUUAACCCACUUGGACCAGAGUUUAACAAAAACUUCCUUCUGAAGACGCAAACAAAAAGUGAUCCUUUCCAUAACAUAAAUAUCAUUUACAAUAUCAAUCCAGCCGUGUAUGGUAGGAGGUUCAGGAAGUAACCAGCGCCGAGUAAAGGCUUCUUUACAAGCAGAGACUAAUAUGCCAAACAGGUAUUUAUCAGCGCAUCUUGCCUGAAAAUCUGCAUUUCCUAAAAACAAUGUGUUAAACUGCAGGGGCAGGUCCAUGUUAAGAAUACACAAAAGGGUUGUAUCACUGGGCACGCCCAGAAAAUGUGCCAGAGGUUAGCUUCCUGAGAGCCACACUGCCUCCAGCAUUUGGUAUCUCCUCCUGCAUAAUGUGCUUUCUGCUUUGGAGUGACAAAGAAGCGGAUACAGCACUUCCAACCAAAUUCCCGCCACACUUGAGAGUUUGUGCAUUUCCAUGUAAAGCUCCACAUAUCCAACCAGUCUUCACUUGGUACUGAAAGAUUUCUCUCUUUCUCCCAUUUACCUUUAACAUAUUCUGUUGUGUGUAAUUUCUUUUGCAUUAGAGCCUUAUAAAGUUUGGAGAUAGCUCCUUUACUUGAAUCAUUUUGCUAUGCACCUAAAAGUAAUUUUAGUAUUGGAUCCUCAAAGUCUGUUUUAUUUCUUAUAUUAUGGUCAAAAUAAUUAUGCACCUGAAGAUAUCUAUAGAAAUCUGAUCUUUCAAGUCCAUAUUUUCUCCUCAGAUUCUCAAAAUCCUUAAACUGACCUUUUUCUGUUAAAUAAAAGAAUGUUGUUAUUCCUUUUGUGCUCCACGAUUUAAAUCUAAAAUCCAUUUUGUUUAAAACCGGGAUCAUAGGCACACCAUUGAAUUAUUUGUAUUUUAUCAUCAAGUUUAUAUUCUUCUCUUAUUGUCCUCCAGGUUUUUAACUGAGCUUUGAUUAAAGGAUUUUGUAUUGUAUCUAUAAAUCCACCCAGAGUUUUGUGAGCCAACACUGCCUGAAGUGGAGGGUCAUUCAUGCUGGUGAGUUCGAUGUCUUUCCACCUGGCCUGAAAUGUUGGAUUACAGAUAUUUAUGAAGGGUUUGAUCUGGGUAGCAUAAAAGUAAUCCUUGAAAUGAGGGAGGGCCAUCCCUCCUUCUUCCUUUUGGAGUUGUAAGGUUUGGAGUUUAACCCUGGGUUUUGUCCCUUGCCAUAUAGACGGGUUUCUUGUAUACAAACAGUACUGGGUGCGCGCACAGCCAGGGGGCAAAAAGAACGCUUCGUUAGCCAUGAUGAGUCAAUUGAUAUCAAUGUAGAUGUCUUAUUGUUUGUAAGUUCUUGUUGACUAAUUUGUAAUAAAAUGUCAUUUCAUAGUUA